AUGUGGUACACUGUGGGAUGUCAUGCAGGAAUCAUUGAGGGAGGUGAGAAGAUUGCAUUCCCCAUUGUGUUCCCCAUUGCAUUUAGCAUGCAUAUGAGUGGCCAGAAGUUCUGCCUCACUUGCCUCUGGCACUCCAAGAGAAUCAAGGUGUGCCCUCUGAUUGAACUGAUGAUCUUGAACCAGAUUGACCUCAAGCAAUGCUUCCUCAUUAGGCACAAGAUCAUCAAGAUUGUCCAGGCUGUCGGUGGAAUGCUGGACAACAUCUGCAAUAAGCUCAUUUAUCUUCCUCCUCCACACUCAGACCUCUGGUGGCAAUGGCACUGCUGUGAAAAGGUGACUGAAGGCAAGUACAUCCUCUGCAACAGGUGUGGGCAAUGGUUCCACUGGGAGUGCAUCAAGAUUGUGAAGAAGCCAUCAGGUUCCUGGUACUGUCCCACAUGCCUAUCAAAGCUGAAGCCAAAGGAAGCCUUGGGUGCCAUGGAGAGUGGGUUGUGGUGA